UCAGUUGCUACGGACUCGAGAACAUGAACCACAUUCCUCAGAUGAGAGCCAAGUGUAGCUUCCUUCCUAGUCAAACUCUUUUUGAAUACUUGCAAUCGCCGGUAAGAACACUAUCGACGCACAAUUACGACUCAUACAGCCACGAUUCGUACUCGAUGAGAACAGAGCUGUCGUGCCUGAAAAUACAAGAAAUGGAGCCAGACAAUAUCAGCGUUCAGAUUCCAAUGAGAAAGGCCAGAAGUCUUCCACCUAUCAGACUGUCUAGGAGGCAGUCACCUGAAAGCUGCUUUGGUCAUACCAGUGAGGUUGAUAGGACUGAACGUUGUGUUCAUCAUUUGACUGUUCAACACAGAGAGAGGACUGAUGGUGCCAUUGGAAAGAAUGAUGUGAUGAGGAAGAGAUAUUUGGUGUGGGUUCCUACUCGAACUACGGCUACAGGAAGGAGCAGGCAUCAGUCGCUUCCUCUACCUAACAAACUAUCAAUUACAAGCAGAAGGUCACCAUGUUGCUGCCAUCAUAUCCACGUGGCUCUUCUUCCGAAUGGAAUGCUUGAGGAAACACGAGACAUGAACACUAGUAGUGCAUCGUCAGUCAUUAAUGCUCAUAGACUCCCAAAGGGAAAACAACUAGUUCGGUUCAGGCGAACUCCUCAGUUCUUUAGUCGACAUAAUAGCAAUGGGUGUGUUGCACAGGUAGACAGUAAUCACAACAGCCGUGGUUUUGAUGCAAGCAUCUCUGGUUCAAGUCUAGGUGAUGGAACUAAAUGGGUUUCACAGGCAAAAGAGCUGUAUGUGCAAUCACCAGUCAUCGAGGACGCUCCAAAAUCAAUAAAGCGACCGAGUCCUGUAUCACAUGCCUCAAAAGAAUCUCAGAGCAAACGACCUACUCCUCCAUUGCAAGCUGUUGCGAUUAAAAAUCUGAGCAGCCAAGCCGAGUUUCCAAUUACCACCAUCUCUCGGUUAUCAUUGUCAGCCGAGUUAUCUUCGGGUAGUCUGUCUUGUUUAGUAAGAGUGUGUGAUACAAGCAACAGGACACGUAAUGUGAUCAGUCAGGGAGGAAUGAAUUCGGAUACUUCAACCAGUCUAUCGAGAAUCACCCUCCCACAACUGCCAUUCAAAUCAGUACCGGAGUCAAGUAAUGGGCCUGCCAUUUCAGGCUCAACUAUAUCACUGAACACGAUUCGAGGCGGGUUUCAUAACCUCCAUUCGUCUGCUCACGUUGGACGGGCAACGCCGCCGUCACCUAUCGUCGAGGGCACGCAACUUUCACUGCAAUCGGCACAGAAAAUCAGUGUCGUUAUACCGUCAUCGCCGUCACUGGCUCCUGAUGAGGAUUCAAACGACGAGGACGGUGAGGACCCUCUCCCAGAGUCUGCUAUUAUGGUACAGUCGUCGGACGGAGUGAAUGUGAACGACUUCGAACGGACACAAUCCGUUUCACCUCCUCCCACCGCAACACCCCAGUAUCCCAACUUUACGCCAGAUGGUGUUCCUGCGACACCACGGCCUACGCCCGUAUCGGUCAUUCAGCCUGAGAUUACAGACGCUCACUAUUUGACUGAAAGUAGAGAGCAGCUGGAGCAGGGACAAAUAGAAAUCGAACCAUCUGCACUAGAAGAAUCCGAGAUAAGUACUAGCAUAGGCGAUGAAACAUCCGUACGAUUAUAGAAUUGAUGCGGCAG